AAAUUAAUGAAUAAUCAUUAUGAACCAUAUGUUAGAAAUAAAAGAGAUUUAAAGGUGCCAUACAUAUCAUGUUAAGAUUAUACAAAUUUAGAGUAGGCAUCUAAAUUAAUUCCUGCUUUGAAGCAAAUAAAUCAAGCAAAUAGAAAUUUAGCAGAUACAGAGGCUUAUGCUUAUAUACUUCGUAGUAAUAAUGAUGAUGACAUUCACAAAGUAAAUAAUAAAAGAGUAUAUUAAUUUAGUCAAUAAAAUAUGGUAUUUGGACAUCAAGUAAAGAAAAUAAUGAGAAGCUCAAUGCUAAAUACUUGGAGGCUUAAGAAUAAGGGAAAACAGUAUAUUUGUUUUUCAGUGUUGUAAGAAGUGGACAAUUUGUUGGAGUUGCUAAAUUGACUUCAGGAUAUAAAGAUGAAAGUUUUCAAUACUGGUGGGAAAUAAAGAAAUGGAAAGGUCAUUUUAAUGUAUAAUGGUUAUAUGUAAAAGAUGUACCAAAUAAACAUUUUGAACAUCUUAAAAAUAGGUACAAACAAUAAUUUAUCAAAAGUGAUAAUGUAGAAGUAACUAGAUCAAGAGAUGGAGUUUUUUUAAGCUGGGAAACAGGAAAGGAGAUGAUGAAAAUCUUUGAAGAAUUUGCGGAUAAAAAGAGUAUUCUCAAUGAUUUUAAUGUUAUUGAUGAAAGAGAAUAAGCAUUAAGAUAAUACAAAUAUUAGAUGCAAUAACAAAGAAAUCAAUAACAAUACUAUCCUUAUUAUCAAUAUUAAUAUUAUGAUUAUCAACAAUAUCAGUAGUAUCCCUAAUAUCAACAGUAUCAAAACUAUUAAUGGUAAUAACCACAGAAAUGAUUUUAUAUAUCAUGUAUUGUAAGGUUUCCAUCAGAC